ACACAAGAUGGCGGCGCCCAGCGGAGUAGAGGCCGCGUCUGUGGUUUGCCGAGGCUGACUCCUUCUCUUGCUGCCCCUUUGGGCGCAAAGCGCCGCGGGCGGGAGGCCGCGGGCCGGGCGGGGACAGGGGCACCUGCGUAGCUGGACUGCGAGCCCGCGCCCAGCCUGCGCCUCCCCCACCCGGCCCCGGCCCGAUCCCAUCCCGUCUGUUCCUGGUCUCCUCCCGGUCUGACCCAUUGCCUGGCCGUGGUACGCCACACCGGUCUCCAAAGCUGAGGUCGCUCCUCCAGCCCAGGCUUGCCUUCACUUUAGAUAUGUUUGGUCUCUUCCCUCCCAAACAGCUCGCCUUUAAAACCGGGACUCUUGGACUGGCGCCUGACCCCCUUUCCCUCUGCUAAGACUGCACUUCUCUCUGACCUGACCCACUUCUUCCUCGGACUCUUGCUUUCCCCUUGGGUGGAGACUGCUCACUUCCCUUCCAAAUUGAUCCCUGACCCCCCAAAAUAUUGACAACCUGGACUAUCCCCUCAACCAAGGAGUCAAACUUCCUUUUGGACUAACCUCCAUACUCCUAUCAUGGAGGCAGUGUACCUGAUAGUGAACGGGGUGGGCCUGGUGCUGGAUGUGCUGACCUUGGUGUUGGACCUCAACUUCCUGCUGGUGUCAUCCCUCCUGGCUUCCGUGGCCUGGCUUCUGGCCUUCAUCUACAACCUGCCACACACGGUACUGACUAGUCUUCUGCACUUGGGCCGAGGAGUCCUGCUUUCACUGCUGGCCUUGAUGGAAGCCUUGGUCCGGUUCACCUUUGGGGGUUUGCAGGCCUUGUGUACCCUGCUUUAUAGCUGCUGCUCUGGCCUGGAGAGCCUAAAGCUCCUGGGGCACCUGGCCUCUCAUGGGGCACUGCGGAGCCGGGAAAUACUGCACCGGGGCAUCCUCAAUGUGGUCUCAAGUGGCCAUGCUUUGCUGCGCCAGGUUUGUGACAUCUGUGCCAUUGCCAUGAGCCUGGUGGCUUAUGUAGUCAACAGCCUGGUCAACAUCUGCCUUAUUGGCACUCAGAACCUCUUCUCCCUGGUGCUGGCCCUGUGGGAUGCGGUGAUGGGGCCUGUGUGGAGGAUGACAGAUGUGGUGGCUGCUUUCCUAGCCCAUAUUUCCAGCAGUGCUGUGGCCAUGGCCAUCCUCCUUUGGACCCCCUGCCAACUAGCCCUGGAGCUGCUGGCCUCAGCUGCCCGCCUCCUGGCCAGCUUUGUGCUGGUCAAUCUGACUGGCCUGGUGUUGCUAGCUUGUGUGCUGGCAGUGACAGUGAUUGUGUUGCACCCCGACUUCACUGUGAGGCUGGCCACCCGGGCACUCAGUCAACUCCAUGCCCGGCCAUCCUACCACCGUCUCCGAGAGGAUAUCAUGCGUCUGUCUCGCUUAGCACUGGGCUUUGAGACCUGGCGCCGAGUCUGGAGCCGCAGCCUGCAACUGGCAAGCUGGCCGAACCAGGGAGGGGCACCUGGAGCCCCCCAGGGUGACCCUAGGAGGGUGUUCUCAGCCAGGACCCGGAGACAGGACACUCUCCUUGAAGCAGGGCACAGAUCAGAGGCAGAGGAGGAGGAGGUCAGGACCUUCAGAGCAACACCUGCCAGGGGCCGGGAGAGGCUCAAUGAGGAGGAGCCUACAGGUGGGCAAGACCCAUGGAAGUUGCUGAAGGAGCAAGAGGAGCGGAAGAAAUGUGUCAUCUGCCAGGACCAGAGCAAGACGGUGCUGCUUCUACCCUGCCGGCACCUGUGCCUGUGCCAGGCUUGCACCGAAAUCCUGAUGCGACACCCCAUCUACCAUCGCAACUGUCCGCUCUGCCGCCGGGGCAUCCUGCAGACCCUCAAUGUCUACCUCUGAAGACUCCCUCCCUACCUGCCCACCUCUCCAUGCUCCAUGCAGGCACCCACACUAGGACAGCAUUACCAUCUCAUCUCUGGGUCCUGGCCUGAAUCCCCUCCUGCCCCUGUGGCUGUCACGCCAAGCCUCCAAGCCAUACAUCCAGGACUUCGAGAUGGGAUACUCUGGAAGUCUAUGAUCUGGGUGGGGGCAGGGUAAGAUAGCUUCUCCUUACCUGGUGGUUCCCUUUGACGCUGAGGGUGGUGAGUAUGUCACUAUGCAAGGGCCCUGAGACUGUUCACUGUGGGCUCUCCUUCAGCCUGCCCAGGGCCCAUCCAGAUGCCAGCCUCUGGGGCUAUCCCUCUCUGCUUCUGGUUUUUCUGUUGGGAAUUUGUAGGUUCUUUUCCUGCCUCCUUCCCACUUCUUCCCCAGUUUCUGCAGCUAUAACACAUCUGUUUGGGUGUUUUGGCAACUCAAGGGCCUUGGAAUGAUUUUGAACACAAGUUCAGCCAGAGCCCCUGUACCCUGGUAGGCUUUGAGGGUGAUAUCUCUCAGGUGCCCUUAGAGCCAGUUCUGCCUGUCAUGAUCUUAUGAGGCUCCCUUUCAACCUGAUCCAAAAGCUGGGAUCAGGAGUUUACCGCUGCGUGGGUGCAGCUACACCUGGCUUUGGGACCAUGUGCCCUCCGGCACCCCAGCUCACUGGGAGCCUCAGGAGGGAUAACCAGAUUUCUACUCAUUCCCCUUUCACUCCCCACAUCACAUAGAAAAAUGGCGUUCUGUCUCUCCCUAGCAUUGGGGUGGGCAGACUGUGCACAUUUCACUAGGGUCCAAACACAGAAGGGGCUGGGGCCCAGGGGCCUGCAGCUCCCUGAGGGGUCCAUCUGGCCCAGUUUCCAAUGAAUAAAGUUCUGUUGACAGCUC